AUGUUUCCGAUGUUGUUAAAAGUGCCAAAGAAGGGGAACAGAUUCAACGAAUCGGAGCAAUGUAGAAAAUUUCUUUCCACUAUUCCAGUGAAUAUUUCGUCAUCUCCAACAUUAAAAAUUAUUGAGAAUUCUUUAAAUGUGAAGAAAGAUUUUAAUCAAGAUUUAACAAAGAGAGAACUCCAUCCAUUGAAUCGACUGUUUAUUCAGAAGGUAAAGAUCGUUCUUGCAGAAGAAUGUUUGCCAAUGAUCACGAUGACAUUGCAACAAAUGAUGAAUACAAUUUUUGAGAAACUUCAUCAUAAUGAUAAGGAAUUGAAGUCAAAAUCAGUAUCAAAAAGUUUACUUAAGAAAAACUUGACAAAACUUUGA